GGUUUUCGCAUGUGUAUGAAAUGCUAUUCCGCAAACAUGAUUAAUCUCCUUCGGCGUUCCUCUCUGAACUUUGAUGACCAAGCGUCUCUGUUGCUGGUUGUCUGAUAAUCCAUCGUCGUAUCACUCGCGUCGGAAAAUUUCACGGGAAUUCGCCAAUGAUACAACCUAAUCGAUUGUUGAUUGCGUCAGACGAUUAGUUACUAAGUACAGUUUAAGGCGAGUCUUAUAACAAUAGAUCACUACCAUUUUGUUUACGAACUCCUCCGCGUGCUUCGUUCCAAAAACAUUGAACCUAUUUUAGCUAAAUCAUUUCGAGCAUAUUAUCAGAAAAAUCAUACGGUACGUCUUUUCGCGUAACCAAGCGAUUUUAUGCACUUACUGUUAAUUUCCCUUUUUUUUGUGUGUGCGAAUUGCAUGACUGUUGUGCGACAUGUUUUAAGAUAUGGUCGCUGGACGCGUGAGCAUCAAUGACGCUAUACAGGGUGUCCCGAAUCAACUAUACUUUUUAUAUUAUUAUAGUGUGACCUGUAAAUUUUGAAUGUUUCUGGAGUUUUUCCUUAUCGAAAAUGUGUUUGACAUCAUAUUUUUCGUACAUAUUGUAAAUCUUCAACAUUAAAUCCAUUAACCUUAAUGAUUCAUAACCUUAAAUUAGUUUUGCUACAAGUUGUAACAAAUUCAGCAAUGGCCAGUAACCAUUCAAGAGGCAUACCUCGCAUACAGGUCUUUAGACCGACGUACGAAGAGUUCAAAGACUUUUCGAGAUAUGUUGAAUAUAUGGAAAGCCAAGGAGCUCAUAAGGCUGGUUUAGCAAAAGUAAUACCACCUUCUGAAUGGGUUCCGAGAAAAGAAGGCUAUGAAUUAGAUAAUCUAAAUCUCACAAUCCCAGCGCCAAUCUGCCAAGUUGUCACUGGCAAACAAGGCCUUUAUCAACAAAUUAACAUUCAAAAGAAACCAAUGACUGUCAAAGAGUAUUGUAAAUUAGCUAAUUCUGAUCGUUAUCGUACACCACGACACUUUGAUUAUGAAGAUUUAGAAAGAAAAUAUUGGAAGAAUAUAACAUACAUUUCACCGAUAUAUGGUGCAGAUGUAUCUGGUUCUUUGACUGAUCCAGAUGUAAAGGAAUGGAAUAUCAAUCAUCUUGGGACUAUUUUAGAUUAUGUUAACAAAGAUUACGGUAUAUCAAUUGAUGGUGUCAAUACAGCUUAUUUGUAUUUUGGAAUGUGGAAGACUACAUUUGCAUGGCAUACAGAAGAUAUGGAUCUUUAUUCUAUAAAUUAUUUACAUUUUGGCGCACCAAAAACAUGGUAUGCUAUACCACCAGAACAUGGACGUAGAUUAGAAAGAUUAGCCAGUGGUUUUUUCCCCUCGAGUUAUCAAAGCUGCCAAGCCUUUCUGCGUCAUAAGAUGUCUCUCAUAUCUCCUCAAAUAUUGAGACAAUAUUCGAUUCCGUGUAACAAAAUAACACAAGAGGCUGGGGAAAUAAUGAUUACAUUUCCAUAUGGAUAUCAUGCUGGUUUUAAUCAUGGAUUUAAUUGUGCCGAGUCUACUAAUUUUGCAGCACCUAGAUGGGUCGAAUAUGGAAAAAGAGCUACACAAUGCACUUGCAGCAAAGACAUGGUCAAAAUAUCUAUGGAUACUUUUGUUAAGCGUUUCCAACCAGAUAGGUACGAAUUAUGGUUGCGUGGUGAAGAUAUUGGACCUCAUCCUGAGGAUCCCAGACAAACAGCUGCACCAAUGCCAUCGCAAAUGGAUCUACUAUGUAGUAAUAGUAGCAAUGGUCAAUUACCACAAAGCUAUUUGAGUGCAGCACUUAAAAAUAAGAGACAUAUGAUUCAUAAGCAAAAGAGUAUUAGAGUCAAUAGUCCUAAUGUUGAUAUGGAAGAACUUGAAAGCUAUGCAGAUAUUCCUCCGGAUGUUAAAAAAGUCUUACAAGAUCUUGAAAUGGAAGAAAUUGAAGAACCACCUGAUGAACAACAAAUGGAAGUUUUAGAAGAUAUUUGGUUGAAAGCAGGAGAAAUGGAUGUUGAUGAAGCAACUGUUUAUGACGAUGGUUACAAUCGUAAGAAGAGUAAGAAAAGAAAGAGAAAACAAAGCGUGCCAGAUAAGGAGAAGCGUGAAUCAAAAUCUAAGAAACGAGCUAACAAAGUUAAUACACAGAAUACGAGCGAAAUUAAAUUUGAGAUAAAAACUGAAGUUGAUGACAUGACUGGUUCCUUUGAAGAUAUGUCCCAAGAAAAUAUCGAUGAAAUUCCAGUGCUUCAAGGAAGUUAUAACGACAGCAUUAUUAUAGAAAAAGAUGAUCCUUUGAAGAUAGAAGAAUUUACCGACUUUUCAGAAAGUAAUGAUAAACAUGUCAAGAAGAAAAAGAAGCAUUCAAAGCAUAACGAGCAGAAAAAAAUUAAACCGAGACACGUGUCCAAAAGUAAACGCAAACAAGAUAGCGCAUCAACUUUUGGUCAUGCUUCAACUUUCAAUAUUCCGGAGACCGACUGUAAAAAUGUAACACUACCAGAGAUCUGUAUUCCAAGAUGUUCUAUAAAGGAUAUCUCUAAUAAUCAAGGAAAAGUCAACAUGUUACCUGGAAAUAUCAUUUCUGUUGGUAAUGAGGUUAGCAUGAUAAACGUCAAAGAUAAAACUGUCGUAAAUAUCACUAAUAGUGGUCAAAUGAUAAACCUGACGCACGGCGAUGACAAAAAUAUGGAGAAGUUGAUGAACAAUACCGUUGAGAACAGAAUAGCCACUAGUACAACAAUGAACAUCAAAAAUAUUCCUAUUCGACCUGUAAGCAGAAAUGCAACAAAUAUAAUACAUAAUGUAUGUACUGUUGCACACAAAGGUACAAACUCUGAUUGUCCGAGUGAAAGUGUAAAACCUACUGUGCAUAAUAUAAAUACAUCUACGAGUACAAAUUAUAAAAAUGUAUUAAAAGCACCUAAGUUAAGAGUAUUAAAAACGGCUUACGAUGCAUCACGGGUUACACCCCAAGUACAAGUUGAUAAUUCUGUUACCAACCAGAAAGAUAUAUACUCAACUAUUGAUGUACCAAAGGUGUGGACCACGCAGGAAACGAAAACUGUACCGAGUAUGUCGUUUUUAACGAACCCAAUUUAUAGUAAAGGUCCUUCAAUUUUGCAAAAUGAAAGUAUGUCACGGUGCGACGUUAUAAAAUCUGUGAAUUUUAAAUCACCGUUAGGAAAUUAUCAAUUACCAGCUGGCACUGUUAUUAACAAGAUUAAUGCAGGACAUUCCGUUUUCAAUAAUUGCUUGGCAAGGUUUGAUAGGCCAACAUUUAACCAUCUCGCUGAGAUAAGGCCCAAAAAACCAAAUUCUUCGAGUAGCUGCAAGGCACUUAUUAAUUGGGGAAGUAACUCAUUGAAUACCAAUGAACAAGCAAACAUUGUUAGAAUAGCUCCUAUAUCUGCAGUGAGUAAACCAGAAAAUAUAUGUAUUUCUUCUCCAGUAUCAAGCUUAAUUCUGCCAGCAAAUGUAUCGACUGUGCAAACGCAUCCUAUGAACAAGAUUUACAGUCCCACUCAGAUAACAUCUGUAAAUUCUAAAAAAACAUAUAUGCUAAGUAGUGCGAACUUCUCAACUCCUCCGAACUUGCAUACGAAAGCCACUAUCGUGUCAAAAGGAUAUAAAAAUCAAUCAUGUCAAAAGUCGCAAAGGGGAGGGCGUAAGAGACCAUCAGCAAAGAGUAUAAACAAGAUGAAUAAUAAUACAUCUUCAAACAUGUCUCAAAAGAAUAUUGCGAGUACUUCGGUUGGUAUACAAGUAAACAAGCCAAUCGAUGUAUUGGUUGAUCCGCCUUAUAUAAAUAUUUCCUUGGAAGCAGUUAGAGAUGAUAUUGCACAACAUGCGACACAUUUAAAUAAUGAGUCCUCAUCAGAUGUCAACUCGGUUGUAGCUAAUCUUGCCCAGUGUAAUCAGAAUGAGUGUUCAAGUAUACCUGACAAUAAGACACAAUUACCAAAUUUAGAAAAACAAAUGGACAAUAUUAAUCCAUAUUUAUCAAUACCUAAUCAGAAAUCAAAAAAAGUAACCACCGUAAGGAGAAAAUCUAAGGAAAAAUCGAAAAAAAUUACGAUGGAAAAGAAGAAAUUACCAACUACUACAACAAGUGAAAUUACAAAGGAGCAAUCCGCGUUGAUACAAGAGGCCAAUGUACUACAAUCCUGCAAUGUUCAAACGACGUUGGUGAUACCAGGACAUAUUUCCGACAUGAUUUAUCCAAACGUCCCAAAUAGUGAUCUGUUGAGGGCGUUCAAUGAUUACUGGAGCGCUCAAAUAUCUCAUUGCGCAGUAUGCGCUACUUUUGCUUCGUGUAGUAACGGGAGUAGUAGAGUAAUGCCACCUGAUUGGAAAUAUUGUAAAUCAACUACUUUACCCGAAAGUACACCAAUAUGGGUGUCAGCCAAUCUUUUCGCAGCCAACUCCAAGGAACAAGCUGUGGAACCAGAAAAUGAGAAACUUUUACGAUGUAGAGAAUGUCAAGUAACUGUCCAUGCAUCUUGUUACGGUAUAACCGUAUUACCCACGGAUAUUCACAAUUGGGCUUGUGACAAAUGUAAAGCUGGUAGAAAUGAUGUGAUGUGUUGUUUAUGUCCAAUGUAUGGCGGUGCUAUGAAACGAACCAGCGAUAGCAGGUGGGCGCACAUCCUUUGUACACUUAUGGUACCGGGUGCUACUUUCAAAGAUGCUAUCAACAAAGACCCCAUCAAUGUAUUGACGAUCAUGGCAGAUACAUGCCACAAAAAAUGUUGCUUUUGUGAACGACAAGGUGGAGCUUGUCUGACUUGUAAUCAGUGUACUAACAUGUUUCAUCCAUCAUGCGGACUUGUCGCGGGUGCAACAUUCACUAUUCCAGCAUACAACACGCAGGAACUUCAAGUAACAUGUAACGGACACGGCAAUGGUAAAGAAAAAAUUCCAAUACUUCUGGAAGAAACUGUAUGGGCAAAACAUCGUAAUUUCCGAUAUUAUAAAGCUAAAGUGAAAUCUAUCCAGGUCAAAACAUUCUAUAUGGUUACGUUUAGCGACAAUAGCUUUAGUGAUGAUCUGUAUCCAUCAGAUGUAACUAAUUAUGACCCUGGAAACACACCUCCGCUCGGAGCUCCAGUGACCGUAAAUUGGACAGAUGGCCAAACGUAUGAUGCUAUCUUCGAAGGUACAAAUCACCGACUAAUGUUUACAGUAACUUUUGAAGAUAACUCCGAGCUCACUUUAACACGCAACGAGAUAUACAGUUUGCAAGAAGAUAUGCCAAAAAGAGUGCGUUCUCGAUUGUCUAUUGCAACUGAAAUGAAGCACCGGGAUCAUCUUUAUGGCACGGAGGAUGAAACAGAGACACAAUGAAAAGUGAAACAAUCGAAAACUUACGAAUAACCAGAAAUAAUCGGAUGUAAAUAAUAAUAAAACUACAGAAAACUACAAAGCAUAAAGUUAUUGUAAAUAUUAUGUACACUAUAAAAUUCAAGAAAUAUAUUUAGUAUUCGCGAUUAGUCCUUCUUGAGUAUAUUCAGCACCGAGAACUGAUCAGACUAUGUUUUUCUUACAUUUGAUAAUUUUUAUUUUAGUUAAUUGAUAUUUUGAACGAUGAAGAAAUGAUCACUGUCUGUUUUAUUUAAAUUAUUAAUUUGCAGUAUUUUGUUCGCAUAAUAAUUUGUGUAAUGUAUUCCAUAUAUUGUCAUACCAUUUUAUCAGUGUGAUAGGUAUCAUAAUUGUAUGUAUACAUGUAUAAUAGUAAGUUAUAUUGAUAAAACUUCACAAAAAUCUUUUGAUUUCAAUAAAUGCUAAUAUCAAUGUUACUUAAUAGUUAAACUUUGCUAUUAAAAUGUUCCAUAUUUGGUGAAAUGUUUAUUGUCUUAUAUCUAUUGAAUUAUAUAAACCAGAAAAGAACGAUUAAUAUUACAGCAAUUUACAGGAACAUAGCAAUGCGCAAGUAACAUAUUUUUUAAAUAUAUGAGAAAUACUUAUGUAUGUUGGUUUCCGUAGUAAAUUAUAUUACGUAAUUUUGACAAUUAAGCAAUCAUGUGCAUAUAGAAUUUUAUUCCGUUUUAAGAAUAUAUGUAAAUAAAUGUAAUAUCGUAAUUUGUGUGUUACAAAUAUUUGUGUUCAUCAAGAUAAGAUAUUUAAAUAUUAUUCAGAUACAUACGAUUGAACCUACUGAUAAAAAGAUUUUAAAUAUAUCGAAAUAUUAUUAAAGAAGGUUCAAUAGUUGCUUACAAAUGACUCGAGAUAUUAUGCAAUUAAUUGAAUUUCGAUAAGCAGCUUACCAUUUUCACUAAUAUAAUUUUGUAUAAAAUCAAAAUAUAAAUAUGCAAUCCCUAUUCAUAUAUACGCAUGUCUAAUUGAUUAGAAAAUAUUUGAACAUUGACAAACAAGAUAAAGCUAGUUAUUUAUGAUUAUUAUUACGUAAAGUGUAAAGUAAAGGGAAACGGUAAACUGCAAAGAGAUUAUAAAAAUAGUUAUACAUUAUCUACAAUAUUUUCUCGAGUUAUUUUAAUCUUCAUUAUUUACAAUGAUGUAAAUACGAUAUAGAUACGACAUAUGCAAUUUUAUAUUAACGUGUAUAUGUAUAUAUAUACAAUGUAUACAUAUAUACAUUAUAACAAAAAAUAUAUGUAUGCGUGUAUAUUACAUACAUAUAUCCAAUAUAUGUAUGUAUAUUACAUACAUACAUCCAAUAUAUGUAUGUAUAUUAUAUACAUAUAUCCAAUAUAUGUAUAUAUACAUAUAUUAAGUUCAUCGAAAAAUUCGUCCGUUUUUUCCUACAUGAAUUUAAAUGCGCUAAUAAAACAAAAAAGAUGAACGAAUAUUUUGAUUAACUUAAUAUAAAAAUAUAUUAGUUUACAAUAUAUAAUUUAUAACUGAAAUAGGCAUACAACUUGGAAAAUCGUAUAUGCACUUGAGUCUUUCAUUAAUUUUAUUUCUAGUCGCUAUUUUUAAUCUGUUUUAAUACUUAAAGCUAUACAGAGAGAAAAAUAGAAAGAAAGAGCAUGCUAGCUACAAAUACAGUAUUACUUUUUUUUCACAGUAAUUGCAGUAAUCGCGAUAUUAGUUUUGCAUAUAGUAUCUAUGUUUAUAGUAUUUGCAUAAGAAAAAAAUUAUGAACACAACCAAGAAUAUUCUAAGUAAAUAUAUACAAGUUAACAAGACUGCGAUGUGAUUAUUAUCACUAUUAUUAUUAAAUAGACAUAAAUAUAAUUCUGUAGGCAAUGCUUGUUAUAUUAAACACAUAUAUAGUAAAUUUAAUUACGAAAACAGUAAAUACUUGUAUCAUCGCACAUGAAUCCUGAUUAAGUUCAAUGUAACUUAUAAAUAUCCGUAGUAUUGUAAAGCAAAUUUUUCGUUUCUGUUACAGUAAUUGCUUAAAAGCUUUUACUGAACAUAAAUUUUACUGUAAACUCUAAAGAGGAGAUCAUAUAUUAGAAAUAAAGAAAUUGUAAAACAAAUAACCACUCGUUCACAAAUUAAUUUUCACUAAUUUAUAUAAAAUAUAUUACUUAUUGCUCAAAGUAUAGUACAAAAUAUACCAUUGUUCAUCGUUACUUAUGUCUAUAGUUUAAUUACUUUAGAAGGUCAAUCGUAGUUUCAGAUAAAAAUACAUUCGUAAUAGCGACAAAUGAAAAGUAACGGAAGACAGUGGUAUGUGAUGGUAAUAUUUAUUUCAAAUAAUAAAAUAUAGCAUUUCUGAAAAUAUAUUUAAACACAAAACUAAACGGCAAGUAAAAUUCCUACCGAAGUUAUUAGUAUAAUUUUUUAUGUAUUGUGUAGCAAAAAUAACAUCAACAGUUCUUUGGCCACUGAGUAAUCCUCUUUAGUGUUUUAUAAAUAUUAUACAAUUAGAAUCGACGUCUACAUAUAAAAAUAAUGUCCAGAUAUAUAGUACAAUGUACGCAUACAAAGUAAAUUUUGUGUAAAUCUCGAGUCACAAUUAAUAGUGUGUGUUUAUCAUCUGCCAUCAAACAGUGUCUUUAAAUGAUAAACUGGUGAUAAUUACUAAGUGAGCUUUUUAUCAAUGAGUUUCUUGGGUUGUCGGAUGAACUCGUGCUAGUGGGGGUGCCUCCGUUGUCGUCUAAUGACAAUCUAUGGAUUUUAAUUGUCUAAUGUAACAAUACUUGACAAAAAAUGUACCGAAUAUAAUUAGCAUUUAAAAAUGAAGAUAUAACUAACCAAUGAGAGGAACUGGUCACAAUAUUAACACGCUAAAUUCUAAUUCUAACGCUGAACGAAUCUUUAUAUAACAAUAUGUAUGCAAAACAUAUAUCACAUGAUACAAAGCGAAAGCUGUACAAACAUAUUGUUUUGUGUCCAAUUUACUUAUAAUCUUAAUACGAGUUAUUGUUGUAAAUUAUGUAAUAAUGAGUCAUAACAGAGUAAUAAUGGGUCAAUUACAGAGUAAACUAACAAUUCGAUUCAUCAUUUUAUGCACAUUGAUAUCAUUCUUUUGACAUUUAACGUACAAGAUAUUUCAGAUGCACUUUUAUUUUUAUAACAUGUUUUUCGGUUUUUCGUUCAAUAUUUUUAUAUCGUAGCGAGCCGGAUUCGCUACGUGUCGUUGCGUACAGUGCAAAAUAACUUUCCGGAAAUAAUAGCUGCGUUUUGCAUUUCGUUUACAAGUUGCGCCAUGACAUAUAUCUACAUUUUGCUGCAGCGCUAGCCGAUCGAAAGCGUAGAUCGAUAUAAUCAUUACCUAGCAAACACCAAAUAAUAGUUGUAUAACUGUUAAUUAUAAUUUUCCACUUAACAAUAUAACUUAUAUAACACACGCAUUAUAACAGUAUAUAACAGUUAUAUUUUUGAGUGAGAAAUUAUAACUAACAAUUAUAACUAACAAAAAUUAUAAUUAAGUUAUAUAAUUGUUAUUUAUAUAAUAUAAUAUAAUAUAAUUAUAUAAUAUAUUAUAUUGUUACUUAUAUUAUAUUAUAUAAUUGUGCUUGAUGGAUAAUCACUCCAUUUAUGAUGUUAUAGCGAUUUGAAACAAAAAUUGAUUGAAUUUAAACGUUUGCUUUAUUAUUUGACUGAGUUUAUGACCACUCAAUACUGAUUCCAUUUGCCUUAUAGGUCAUAUACUUUAGAUUUAGCACUCUUUAAUUAUAAUU